UCAAGUUUGCAAAUAUCUACUCUCGGCCACAGACUUGGCUGCUCAUCGAGGGAAGUCAUCCCGAUCCCGAUCCCUCCUGGAACAAGUCUAUGUGGCCUAAGAGCGAACAAUAUGCAAGGGUGUUUAUCCAUAUCAACAUCCACAAAUCGAGGCACAAAUAUGAAUCGUCGGUUGGCCUGCCGAAUGUGGGCUGCGGCCGAGAAGAGCUCGGGUUCAACCUCUCCUGCGGUGCCGGGAACUCAAGCAUCUGUGCCCGUACGGCCGCCAUCUGUGCCUGUACGGCCGCCAUCUGUGCCUGUACGACCAGCAACUGUGCCUGUACGACCAGCACCUGUGUCGGUGGAACAAGCAGCUAGACCUGUGGGACAAGCAGCCAGGCCUGCGGGACAAGCAUCUAGGCCUGUGGGACAAGCAGAUGUGCCUGUGGGACAAGCAGCUAGGCCUGUGGGACAAGCAGAUGGGACUGUGGGACAAGCAUCUUCUGUGCCUGUACAACCAGCAACUGUGCCUGUACGACCAGCAUCUGUACCUGUGGGACAAGCGGCAAGGCCUGUGGGACAGGCAGCUAGGAAUGUGGGACAAGCAGAAGGGCCUGUGGGACAACCAGCUGGGCGUGUGGGACAAGCAGCAGCAUCAGAGUCGCUGGGUGUUGCUGUGGCUCAAUCGUUUGCCGCUAAAUGGAUUGCAAUCUCAGCAGAUGCUGCUCUUAGGGAAGAUACCGGGCAGCAGGGUGAAGCUGCACCUGGCCAGGAUUCCGCUGCCAGUGCGGCUGCUAGUGGUGGCCCUUCGAGGAGCGAAGAGGUGGAAACUGCCGGAGUGGGAGCCUCAACUAGUCCUAAGCGAGCCAGCUCUGGUUCUGAUAGUGAGAUUUCAAGGAUACGGCGCCGCCUGAGUAUCAAGCUAAGUGAAGCCAACAGCUACAAUCGCUACCUUCUUCGAGAGAUCGAGACACGAGACAAAGCAGUUAAUGAAUGCAAGUUGGAGCUGGCAGCAGUGGAGCAAGAACUGAUGGCUCUGGGAGAACUCGCAGAGGAAGUUGCUAGAGAAGUGGAUGAUUCCAAACUGAGGAAGAUCAAUGGGAAAUCUGUUCCAUCUCAUCUUCUCCUAAGGCUUGAAGGGAGUGGGAUUGCACUGGUAAAGCUUUGAAAUGCAUGGGCACAAGUGGCUUGAAAAGACUGGCUGGGAUUUGAAUAAAAUGCGGGCCCCAGA